GGCGAAGGAGAGGAAGGAGGGGCAGAGGGUCGAAGCUCCACCGUGGUGGAAAAAAAAACCGCCGUGGGAGUUGACGUGCGUCUGUCAAGUGUUUCUCAUCGUGCACCAGCUAGUGUGUGUUUGCGUGCCUUGCAUAGACGCGUUUUGUGGAAACCUAACAUCAUUCAGUGAGCUGACACGAUUGAAUUACAGCCACGGAGCACGAGUAUUCCGAGUUCGGACUGGCGAAAAAAACCCGCUUUCUUUACUAAUUGUCCACGGGAGACACUUUUUUCCCCUCUCCACUCAAAUGCAGGCACGGACACUUCAACUCAAUCGAUGACAAUUCGCUAAUACAGCCGCCCGCUGCUUCUUGUGGAAAGAUGGUGCCGUUCCUUCUUUUCUUCUUUGCUGCCUCGCCCUUACUCAGCGCAUCUGCAUACAAUACAUCUGCUGGUUGUGCGAUCAUCCGCCCCCCCAGAGAUGGUGGGAUAAGAUACAGAGGCCUGACACAGGAGCAGAUUCGAAGUGUGCAAGUUCUCCCCGUUGACUAUGAGAUUGAGUACAUCUGCAGGGGAAGCCGUGUGAUUGUGGGACCCAAGGUCAGGAAAUGUUUGCCCAGCGGUACCUGGACUGACCUCAACCAACAAAGUAGAUGCUUGUUGUUAUGUCCUCGGGUUUGGACAUCUUUGGAAAAUGGUCGAGUGUCGUCUUGGCCACAGGGGCUGCCAGUGGAGGGAACUGUACUGCACUAUAGUUGUCUCCCUGGCUUCAUCUUGAUGGGCCGAAACUCAACGCAGUGCAAUAAAUUGGGCAAGUGGGACACGCCCAAACCCGUGUGUCACUAUGACAGACAUUUCAAAGCUCUCGGCAAGAAGAAGCUAUACAUCGGAGCUCUCUUCCCAAUGAGCGGAGGCUGGCCUGGAGGGCAAGCUUGCCUCCCUGCUGCUAAGAUGGCCUUGGCUCUGGUGAAUGAGAGAGCCGAUAUUCUUCCGGACUACGAGCUGGAGUUAAUACAUUAUGACAGCAUGUGUGAUCCCGGAGAAGCCACCAAGCUGCUUUACGACCUUCUGUACACCGAGCCCAUCAAGAUUGUACUGAUGCCUGGCUGCAGCUCAGUGUCCACACUGGUGGCUGAGGCUGCCCGGAUGUGGAACCUCAUAGUUUUGUCCUAUGGGUCCAGUUCUCCAGCUCUGUCCAAUCGCCAGCGCUUUCCUACUUUCUUUCGCACUCAUCCGUCUGCCACACUGCACAACCCAACUCGAGUCCAGCUCUUCCAGAAGUGGAAAUGGACCAAGAUUGCCACCAUUCAGCAGACAACAGAAGUUUUUACGUCAACCCUGGAUGAUCUCGAAGAGAGGGUGAAGGAGGCUGGGAUUGAAAUCAGCGUUCGUCAGAGUUUCCUCACUGACCCUGCUGUGGCUGUCAAAAACCUGAAGCGUCAAGAUGCCCGAAUCAUUGUUGGCCUCUUCUAUGAGACCGAAGCCAGGAAAGUCUUUUGCGAGGUGUACAAGGAGAAGUUGUACGGGAAGAAAUAUGUGUGGUUCCUCAUCGGCUGGUACGCGGACAACUGGUUUAAAAUCAACGACCCAUCCGUCAACUGCACGGUGGAGCAAAUGACGGAAGCCGUCGAAGGUCAUGUGACUACCGAGAUUGUCAUGCUCAACCCAGAGACCGUACGGGGAGCCUCCAACUUGACCUCCCAGGAAUUUCUCGACCAACUGAUGUCGAAGCUAGGGGGGAAAAACUCGGAGGAGACCGGCGGUUUUCAAGAAGCUCCCCUAGCUUACGAUGCUGUGUGGGCUCUCGCUCUGGCUCUCAACAAAACCGUGGGACCUCUGAAGGCCAAGGGUCGUCGCCUAGAGGAUUUCAAUUACAACAACCGAGAUGUAACGGCUGAAAUCUACCGUGCCCUCAACACCAGCUCCUUCGAAGGAGUUUCAGGCCAUGUCAUAUUUGAUGCCCAAGGUUCUCGGAUGGCCUGGACUCUGAUUGAGCAGCUCCAAGGAGGAAGCUAUAAGAAGAUUGGAUACUACGACAGCACCAAAGGCAAUCUGUCCUGGUAUGGGAACGACAAAUGGAUUGGAUCUGGACCCCCUGCCGACCAGACAAUGGUCAUUGAGGAGUUCCGCUACCUCUCCCAGAAGCUAUUUGUGUCCAUGUCUGUGUUUUCUGGUUUGGGAAUCCUGCUGGGCGUCAUCUGCCUUACUUUCAAUAUCUACAACAGCAGCGUGAGGUAUAUUCAGAAUUCGCAACCGUACCUGAACAACAUGACUGCAGUGGGCUGCAUGAUGGCUCUGGCUGCCAUCUUCCCUCUGGGCAUCGAUGGACUUCACGUCCGCAGGAAGCAUUUCCCCGUUGUCUGCCAGUUUCGACUUUGGCUGCUGGGUCUGGGUUUCAGCCUUGCAUACGGCAGCAUGUUCACCAAAAUCUGGUGGGUCCACACCGUCUUCACCAAGAAGGAUGAGAAGAAGGAUAAGAAGAAGCACCUGGAGCCAUGGAAACUCUACGCAACUCUCGGCGUCCUGCUUGGCAUCGACUUCUUGUCUCUCAUGAUCUGGCAGAUUGUGGAUCCGUUACAUAUCACGGUGGAGAAGUUCACCCGAGAAGCCCCAAAAGGAGACCUGGAUGUUUUAAUCCAACCAUUAUUGGAGCACUGCAGCUCGGAAAAAAUGAACACCUGGCUAGGUGUGGUGUACGGUUACAAAGGCUUACUGCUGCUGCUCGGUAUCUUCCUGGCUUACGAAACCAAGUCUAUCUCCACUGAGAAAAUCAACGACCACCGAGCUGUGGGCAUGGCCAUUUAUAAUGUUGCCGUGCUUUGUUUGAUCACAGCCCCCGUCACCAUGAUCCUGUCCUCUCAGCAGGACGCCUCAUUCGCCUUUGCCUCCCUGGCCAUCGUUUUUUCGGUCUACAUCACCCUGGUGGUUCUAUUUGUUCCUAAGAUGCGACGUCUGAUCACACGAGGUGAAUGGCAAUCCGACGCCCAGGAGACCAUGAAGACGGGUUCCUCCAUGAACAACAAUGAUGAGGAGAAAUCCAGGCAGCUGGAGAGAGAGAACAAGGAGCUCCAGAAGAUAAUCCAGGAAAAAGAAGAACGUGUAUCAGAGCUGAGGAACCAGCUGUCUGAGCGACAGGCCCUUCGAUCACGGAGAAGACCAUCCACCGUCUCCAAUCAAAACCAUAACACCCCCCCGCUCAGCAUCCCACCCACUGACCCCAGAUCAUUGGCCCCGCCGCCGGGGUACCCUGCGCCCACUUCUGACCUGCAUGCGGUCCCUCCAUCCUUUGGCAAUUCUUCGAGCCUCUACCAGCCCGACAACAAAAUCAGCCGCAAUAACUGUCACACCAGCCGGCUGCAGAUGCUCUACAAAUGAGGUGAACGUAAACGGAGUGUUUUCAUGAGAUUCGUUGUACAUGUUGAUGGACCUAAAUCAGGUACAGCAGGUGUAAAAAGAUGCCUCGGACGCGGGACAAAGACACGCGUUGUGUGAAGUGCAAUUCUGCAUCCGUUAUAUCCUACUGGUGUGUCAUGGAAACUAGGAUUUCAGAAAAUCGUUCCAACGUUGACUGAGCUUAUCCCCCUUCGGAACGGUAAUUUUGCUGAGAUUUACUCUUUUAGCAAGCCAUUCCGGUUUUGGCCCCACUUCUCCAUCAGCAAAUUUAGCCUUUUCAGGGACAGCGGUUACUACACUGGACAGUUUAUCAUGUUAUUAGGUUACAGGGAGCGUGAAGGCGUUAAAUUCCGUGGGGGUUUUUUUGGGGAUCAUUUGUCGUUUUGGCGCGUCGGUAGCACCAGUCAAAAAAUAUGGUGCAUUUUUUGAUGAAGAAAAAAAAAACAACAAGACCUUUAGAGCUUUCACUCGCAUCCAAAAUCCUUGUUCGCUAAUCAUGCUGACGGUAGCAAACGAAUUCCGUUUGGAUUUGAAAGUUCCACUUCGAACUACACAUUUUUUUUCUUUUUAGUUUAAAAUGGCUUACUUUAACUACAAUCCCAAGUGGUGUGGUGGACAAAGGUCGAAUCUGUUAGGACUCGGAUAAACCGAGUUCGGGGGGAUCCAAAAACAUAGACAAAAACAAGGUCUCCGAAGGGAAAACGACAAUUUAAUGUCUCAAUCACACCGAAAAUAAGGCGAGAACAUAAAGCGCUGGUCCACAGUAAGGACCAGGAGGCAAAUCCAAACGAGUAACAAAAAGUGCUUGCACAAAAGAGCAAGGAAGAAAAAUAAAGACCGCAAAAUAUGAACGAAAAACAAUGUAACACCUGUACACGCACAAAAACCCAGAUCAUCAAAACAAAACAGUACUUACUCAAAACUGGGUACCGAGAACUAUAACGCGAAAUCACGACGAGGUCAAAAGCCAAUAAGUCAAAGAACAGUGAAGAUGCAAUGGCAAUGGCAUAGACAAUACUCCCACAACAGGUGAUUGGCGGAGGAGUCCUUAAAUGCUGAGUCUGAAGAUUACAGAUUGGCAGCAGGUGUGCUAGAAAGUCCGCUCAUGCCACCUGCUGGCCAGACCGCAAAACCGAAACGUGACAGAAUCCUGGUCGUUCAUUACUCCUUUUGGUUCAAUAAAUUGUGUAAAUCCUCGUUUUUGCAGUUACGGUUUGGGUGCGAGUCCAAGGUCUAAUUUUCAUACACAGUAUUCUAAUUGCAACGGAGUAGCAGGACUGGCCAAGCUAUGAAGAGAAGCGCAACUUAGAGUCAAAAAAAAAAUGCUAUUAUACCGCCUUCUCACCAAGUUUCACCACCCAUGAUUUGACAGCUACCUGAAGAGCCGCCAUGUUCUUUUGUGGCAAGCGGCAACUACACAACACAGAUCAUGUCAAAGCCGGGCAAAGACUAGCGUAGCCAUCAUAGCCACGAUAAAAAAAGUUGAGUUUUACCUGUGUGCCAACAUACAAAGAAAACAAGUUCAUAAGUAAUUACAAUCAGUAACAUCCUAUCCAUAACUUGAUCUGGAGUAUCCUUUUCCUCUGGAUCUGGAACAAACGUAUAUGACUAAUAACCCAUAUGCUCAUUUGUCGUCAUGGCAUAAUCAAUAUUUGAAGUUGUAAUUUCACCCCCCCCCCCAAAAAAAUAAUAAUAAAAUAAUAAAAA